AUGAGAAAGAUAUAUAGCAAUAGAGAAGUUAUUAUCAAAGCUAUGAGAGCUUUGCCCAGAAAAUGUGAUAUCAAGACGAUGACCAUGAGGAAAUCCAAUGACCUCAACAAGAUCGAGUUGUAUGAUCACUUUAUCGAUCUGAACACCUAUGAGUUUGAGAUAAACUCAAGGAAUGAGGAGAGACCGUCCACCUCCAUCACAACACAAGAAUUGGUGACUACUAAAGAGCCACCUUCUUCGACAUCUGCGAAGUCUGCUGAACAGAUCAACGACGACGCAAUGUCACUAUUUAUCAAGAAGUUUGGAAAAUUCAUGAGGAAGAAUCAUUCUAACUCUAAUUCAAAUAGAAACAAUUAUAAAAAUGAGUCUAAUGAUAACUUAAGAUGUUUUAAUUGUGACAAACUAGGUCAUUUCAAGACUGAUUGCAAAAAACCCAAAAUGGAUGACAAGAAGACUUUCGAGAGGAAGAACAAGAAAGAACAGAAAGCUCUACUGGGUGAGGAAAGCAAGAGAAAAUGGGCUGAAAGCACAAAUUCGGUCUAG